GUUCUUUUUGGAAAUGUAGCCACAAUAGUUCAACACAUUUAAUUAUUUGCUGACAAAAGUAACGAAGAUUUCAAAGAAAUCAUGUAUCUGUAUUUUUGUUGUGACAAAUUCAGAGCGCACUAUUGUACAUUGAACGUUACCAUUUAAUGAUCGUUAUUUUUCAACCAUAACAGUUACUUGAGAAACUAAUCUUUUCUGUGGUAAGAGGCUAAUGGCGCUACUAUGUAAUGGUGUCCGAAGGCGGUUUGUCAUCUGAUAGCGGGUCUGAUCUUGAAGCGUCUGGUGACUCCGAUCUUUCAGAUUCUCGUCUAGACAAUCUAGUUGACGAUAUCAUCGGGAAACUUGCGCUAUACCCCUCUUGUAAACAGUCUGAGAUGACUAUUAAGAAUAGGAAGGAUAGGGUAAAGUCCGAAAGAGACCCUCCUGGGACUUCCACUAACAGCCGUCAUAGCUUUGCCUUCAAACCAUACCCUUACAAUGAAGAACGUAAAGAGAUGGCUUCCCAUCGCAAUAGACAUCGUUGUGUGCAUCUCGAGUCCAACAUUAAUCAAGACAUCGAAGCCCCUCGAUCUCCACUGUCCUACUCUUUUCCUGUUGAUUCGUCUCUCUACCCAGCUCAUGCAGCUUUUAACCAUCCACCAACCCGUCACAUAUCCCAACAAAUCGAGUCUCUCAACCCCACUGACUGCAGGCCACAUGUGCGUGAAAAUAAGACAAGUCAGGUAAAACCCCAGCCCACUAUUGUGGAUGAUGCCUCCGGGAACAAUAGUGAAGAUGAAUAUUACUUCGGCAAACAACCGCGAAGAGCAUCCCCUAUCCAGCUUACAGACGAUAGUCUUGAGCGACUACUGGCAGAGAAGAAAGGAUGGAAGAUUAUUAAGGUUGCGUCAGAUGGUGCUUGUUUGUUCCGCAGUGUUUGUAAGUUCCUGUUUCCCUGCUAAUACGUCCCCAGCCCAUCAGAUUUUUGGUGACGAAGAAAAGCAUGAUGUCGUACGCUCCCAAGUCAUUGAGUAUAUGAUUAAAAACAAAGAACACUUUUCACAAUAUCUCACUGAAGAUUUUGAUCAUUACAUAUCCCGCAAACGAGAUGUGUCUUGUUAUGGGAAUCACGUUGAGAUUCAGGCAAUCGCAGAAUUAUAUAACAGACCUGUUGAAAUUUAUCACAGUUCAGUGGAACCCAUCAAUGUUUUUCACGCUGAUUAUUCAAAAGAAUUUCCUAUCAGGCUUAGUUAUCAUGGUCGAGUUCACUAUAAUUCCAUAGUUGAUCCUUUCAAUCCAUCGUUUGGCCAUGGUCUUGGUAUGCCCAACUACCAACCUGGCUUGGCGGAACCAGAUCUCAUUGCUCGUGCCAUAAGGGAGUCUGAAAGUACACAACUCGAAGAAGCCAUGUUACGCGACAAGCUUGCUGAAACAGAACAAGACGCUAUUGACAGAUGUAUUGAAGACCAAGCAGUUCGGGAGUCUUACUUCGACUACCUACAACAGAUCUCAGUGCCUGUUAACCAAAAGAUAAAUCCAAAUAAUUCCGUCGCAGCUUCUGAAAGUACAGAUGCACAUCCCGGUCAAAAAGUAUCAGUGGACUGUAGAAUUCCAGCGAGUUUGACAAAAAGUUCCGAUGUAGCAUCUUCAUCAAAAGCCUCUGUUCCAGACAUAAAAACUCGUGAAAACAAUAUGUCUACAAAAGAACCACUACCUAGUUCGUCUAAUUCUCAGAGUGAUAUGACAUUGCGUCAUAUUCCUCCUUGCAUGCUGGGUAAGUGACCAUUUUUAUUGUGUUUUUUUGAUAAUUUUAAUAAGUUUCAUAGUUUUAUAGCACACUUAAAUAUACUUUUGUGCGACUUAGAUAAUCAAGGAGCAUUAUGGGCUUUCAAACCCACUGUUUUAUAUGGUGCAACAUGAAAAAGGUACAGUAAGUUUAAUAUCAGAACUAAUGCAAUGUUGAUAUUCAGAUUCUUUUCCUCUGAGAGUAUCCUCGCCAAUUUUUGCAGUAGAUACGUCAAAACCAUCAUUGAUGCCUUGCUACAGAUAUUCCUAUGUUACUGACCUUUACUGAAACCUGAAACAUCGGGGGUAUACAUUGAAAUAUAAAACCUAUCAGCAAAGCCAAGUGAAACAUCUGCAUACCAAGUAGAAGUUAAGAAGUGAGAGACAGAAAUGGAAGUCACAAUAUCAGUCCCUUAAGAUAGGAAAAAGUAACAUCAAAUAAAUAAAAAAAACGAGGCGUUACCAUCAAUUUUACCUGCAAUAAUUUCACAUUCCACUCUCGUAAUGUCACGUUUGUCCCUUAGAUUUGCCUUUUGUUGUCUCAUUUAAUGACAUUUUAUGGAUAAAUUUAUAGUGACACAAUAACCUCUUUAUUUGUCACGAAAUAAUAGGUCAAUAAAGGUUAAAAUAACCUAGUGGAUGACACAACUUUACACAAAAUUGCAUGAUUUAAAGUUGCUACACGUCGAAACAAUACACAAAAGACAUGAGAAAUAAAAUGGACAAACCUGAAUAUAGUGAGGAUACGUUAGUUGGAAUGUGUUCAACCUCCAAGGAGUUAGGUAACAAGUGUCUUUACUACCGUCAGCAGAUGUCAGUCAUGAAUCUGUUACCAGCAUAUGCAGGUGUACGUCUACCUAUUUGUCUUUCAUAUGGGGUCCAUCAACAUGAAAUGCUGAGUUGCGUCGAUAAUCUAUUUUGGCUUUGACUUCACUUUCUGUCAUUUGAGCUUCCUAAUUUCACAGACAGGUCGCGCGCACAUCUUCACCUCUCCCUAGCUGACUGUAAGCCCGAUAAAGAGAGAAGGUUGAGUGUGAGGCUAGCAACUCAACUCCGUAAAAAAACCACUGCUACUGAAACUCCAAAGUUAUAUAUUGAAGCCCUAUGAUCCACUCGAAACGUAAAGGAAUAAAAUAAAUUUUACAUACUGAAUCCGUCAAAAUUGCACAUAAGUAAUGGGGUUUUACCAGCUAAGUUGACUACCACUUUCAAAAUCUUGACAUCACUUUUGUUGUUGGGACUCAAUCAUUUGGGAUAUUUUUUUUAUUAAAUUGAGUCACACAGUGCUAGUGCUGAUAAUACUGUUCAGUAGGUGAAUAUUUUUUUACCAUCUCUGAUAGUCUUUAUACAUAGGGUCAUUCGAAAGAAUGGAGUUAUUAACUGGUCAGAAAAGAUGAAAAGUGACAUGUAACUUGACAUAUUGCCUCGUUCGUGGGUAGAUUAUUCAGCGAUUAAUCUAUCUCAGAGUGAACCAGAGUAAAACCUUUUGUUCAAAUAAUUUUAAAAGAGUUGUUAGGAGAAAUAUUGUGUUCUGAUGAAAAAUGGUAAGUUGGAGAGUUUCACUUCAUUUGGGCAGUAUGAUAUAUGCUGAAGGCUAUUUUACAUUCCCUUGCAUUCGAGGAGGUAGUACUUUUGUAACAAAAUCAGUCCGAUAUCUGUAGCUGCUAGUUGAUUAAAGUCAGAAGGAGCUGAUACAAGCCUCCAUGCUAAUCUGUUCCCCAUUAUAUCACUUUCACAUUCAACUUGUAAAUCUGAAAGUCCUAUGAAUUAUAAAUCUCAAGAACCACGUGAUUUUCAUAUUAAGUGCAAAUGACGAUUGUUGCUUCUAACCGCUUAUAAUGCAGCUUUGGAGAAUCAGAAGUCUGUAAAUACGACUGUAGCACAGUUAUCAAAUAACUCAUAUGAUAGAAAUUCCAUUUAAAAUAUGAGUAACUACAAGCUUCACUUCCAUUUAACUUUUGAAUCAAGUUUUCAGCAAUAACCGAUGUCAUUAUUGCAUUUUGUGCCAUUUACAGUAUGCUUUCAUAAGAUGUGCGGAUGUUCAUGUUCACUGAAAUACUUUGUGAACUCGGUUACCUUGAACAGUUUUUUCAUGUAGCAUGACUUAAAUAUACUACUCAGUUGAGCAAACUGAAUUAGGUGGAGCCGGAUUCGAAAGUCCCAACAAGGUACAAUUCCACUCAAUUACGUACACCUUUCACUAUGUUCGAGCACCUUUUAGUGACUUUAUUUAUUCAGUAAAAGCUGCAUACCUAAUGGUCAUUGAGAGAUGUCUUGCAGUAGGUAGUUCAACUGGAUAACUACAGUGAUAAAACGUGGAAUUUAAUUAGUUCGCUUUUAGUUGGGCAUAACAAAGUAUUCAAUUCAUGUUGUUUUGCCACUUUGUUUGGUUAAUAUGUAGUUGAUAGUCACUUCGCAGUGCUCAGUGAUUACUUCAUUUUUACUUAACUGCGUUUCGGUUCCUAGCGUAUCUUAUUAGCUUGUAUGAAGACAAGUUAGGGUUUAUGCAUGAAUUAAUCAUCUCUGGUUUAACAUAGCCCGAAAACUACCCCAUUAUGCAGCAUAUUAAAUCGAAAAACUAGAGCUGAGUAUUUUGGAUAAAACUGCAGUAUGGAACUACUAAUCACUACUAUUUAUUAAUCUGCGUGGGUCCACCUAUAACAGUGGUCAUAUAUAUAUGUCUGUAUAUAUCUGUAUUUGUCCACGAUUUCGAACCUUGAUGUCAGUUUUGUGUGACUAAUCCCAAAUUAAUUCCUUAUGUCCCUCGUUUGUAUUAUCUGCAGAUUUUUAAAGGAAACAUGCAUCUGAUUAAAAAUCUCCCAUGGAAUAUAAGUUAAUCAUGGGUUUGUUAUUCUAUGUUUUAGUUGUCCUUUAUUUACGGUUUCAUAAGUAUGUACUAAUUAUUCAUUUGCCACAUUGUAAAUAUGUUAUUCUUUUUCUUACAGGAAUGGAUGAAGAUGCUUUAGUCGCUAUGGUCAUGGAGCAGUCUAGACGAGAGUAUCUUGAAAGUUUAAGUAACAAGCAGAAGACUCAUUCUUCUGCUGGUCGUGUGUCGCCAGAGGCAAAUCAUUCCAACGUCUCUGACUAUGAAUAUACUCAAAGGACGGGUCACGAAUUGUCGUCGGAAGUAACGUUUAGUACGAAAACUGAAGAAAUCCAAGAUACUACCAAUUUGGAUGACAAUCGCUAAAUAGUUAUGCUCCGAAUUAACUUAACAGAUCAGUUUCAUAACUGGUUGUGCCUUUCAAAUUGUCAUGGUUUCUGGAAGCCAUUGCCACUUGUGAUGUAUAGAUGAUUGUCUUUCUCUUGUUUUUUGACCUUGGAUUCAGCCUAUCUAAGUGCUCAAGUUAUCACUAUGUACUGUACCUUUGCUGCUGCCCUAGGUUUAUUUGUAUUAAAAAUGUAAUGAAAGUUGCCUCUGCAACACAACUGUACCUUGUAAUUAUAUGCUUUUGUUUGAGUUAGAAUAUUGUCUUUAUUUUCUGCUUAUUAAUGGCUUUUACUUUCACUUUUAUCCUCUGAGACUGUAUUUACCGGUUACUCCUUAGAAAGUCAGCCGAGUUUCUAAAAUUAGAAACAGUACUAUUUGAAUGGGUUUAUCGCAUCGUCUACAGUUACAUCUCAACCUUCCUCC